AAGUGCUCGGAGGUUCUCGCGAGCAGAUUCAACACGUAGCGCCAAUCCUUGGCCGCUGGCAACGCCAGGGGAACGCCGCGACUCGCAUCUGACCGCAGCGCGCCGUUCAAAGGGAACCUCGAGCCGGCGGGUUUCGGCGGCGCGUCUCGGACCCGGAGUCGAUUCCUCGUCGCGCUCGUCGAACGCAAGAGCACGCCGACCGCGCGUGGGCGACCGCUCCGUCGGUGACGCCGCGACUGAAGGGACACGGGCUGCUCGACACAAAGUUCGUCGGUUCGUGCCACCAGCUUUCGCCGCUGCUCAAGAAAGACGGGGUCGGUCCGAGCACGAACGCCUCUCCGUCCGUCGCUGUGUGCGCGAGAGGACGCCCUGCUGCCUGGCUGGCGGAGAUGUUCGCCUCGUGGGCCACCGAACAGUGGCUGACAUCCCGCUGAGAUGAGCCGUGCCAGCGCUUGAGCGCAGCCGGCACCCUGUUGCCCAAGAUCCUCGUGAAGCUCGCCAGCCCCGAAAAUGACGUGUGCUCUUGCAGCGACCACCUAGUGCUCGUGGCGCAGCGCGCCAUGGCCGCGGUGCGGCAGAUGUCGGUGCCGCAGGCGGGGCUGGAGGCGGAGGAGCGAGCCCGGUCACCGUCGCGCGACGAGCGCCGCGGCUCGUCCAGCCCCCGGCGCUCGGCCGUCAUUCCGGAGAGCACGGUGGUGGUGGCCGAGCCGCUGAGCAAGAGCGCCUCGCAGCCGUCGAGCUUCAAAGUCAAGCUCACGCGCCGCGACACCUCUAACAAGAUCGUGGUAGACUCGACUGCCGUCAAACCAACCACCAGCUCCUCGGACUGCGAAAGAGGCAAGUCGAAGCCCAACAAAGCCGCGGGAUGGAAGACGUCCAAGUUUUUCAGCAAGACGAUGUCUUCAGCCGAGCUACUACGUGGCCUGAAGAAGCUCUCGGUGAACACCGCUACGACGAGCACCUCUGACGACCCGGACGCGAAGCCCCCUUCGGGUGGGAAGGUGAAGUUUACGAUGAAAAAGCGCAACUCGUCCAGUGACUCGGCCGUGAACAAAGACCGCUCACCAGAAGGGCUGCGCAGCGGAGAGGGGUCGAGGAAGUCUUCGCGAGAGUCUUCGGAUGGUUCUCCCAACGUGUCUCCACGAACGAGCAUCGACGAAGGAAUCGUCUGCAAGAAGGAAGACAUCCUCUCCCUCAUUCAUCACACCACAAAGAAGAAGUCGUCUAUUGGCUCCGUCGCAGUGCCGGCCGCCGGUGCCACUUCUCCCAAGAAGCUAGCACUGCGAACGACGCGUUCGGCCACCAUUGACCCCUCGGGCAUGGCCACCGAUCCUUACGAGCCGACGGCCGAGAACAUCCCCAGGAUCGUGUCGACGCCGCCGGCGCCCCGCAGGGGCUCCACCACCCUUGAGCGCAGCACCAGCGAGGAGGCCAAGCCGAGCAAGUCGAAGCGCAACAGUUUGUCUGGCAAAGGCGCGCCCCAGAGGUCGCUGGAGGAUGCGCCGCCGUCCCCAGCGGAUGAGCCGAGCGUGCGCAAGUCCAAGCGGAAGCAGUCGGGCGACGCUGUUCGCGAGGUCAAGAAAGAGACUCCCGAAGAGAGCGCGAAGGAGCCGCCGAAAAAAGACGAGUCCCAGGUCAAGUGGGACGAGGGCAACGUUGUAGAUGCCAUGCUUCUUGGGGACGCCAUCGAGGCCUUCCUCAGGGGCUCCAUGGGUGGUACUUCGGCUGCUAUGCCUGCGACGCCUAAGAGGGUCUCCUUCAAAAAGACGUGAAACGUUUUCUUUACUUCACGUGUUGGACAUGCUAGUGUGCCAAAAGAGAACAUAUCGUUUUCAAACACUCGGGGCUGGGACAUAUAAAUGAUCGUUGGAGCUGAGCAAGCUGUAUCUGAAAGGAACGUGGGCAACGCUGUCUGCGAUUCGUAUGAAGAACAUGAAACAACAUGAAUUUGUGUACUUGCAAUGUUAAGGUUCACUCAGCGAAGCUACUCAGCUUUGUCUUGAAAAUGAUUCAAACUGUGCAUUUGAACGGUCACGUAUGCUUGCCAUUGUUGUUGUUGUCGUUGAUUUUUUUGCAUAUAGUUGUAUGGAAGCUGGGUGUUCUUACUUCAUAUAUAUAAGUGCCACGGCCACGGGUAAGGUGUGUUCGUACAAUAUGUAAUCACAUUCAGCUAACCAGCCAUGGUUGGGAUCGUCCCAAGUAAGUCCACCCCGCUCAGGCCUGAAAAACAAUCGAGAAAGAAUGCUACUGACCUCAGCCGUUUGUAGUCACCUCAACUGUAAUAGCUGUGGACGGGCCCUUGCUAAUCUGCACAACCACGUAGUUCGCACAACACUCCUAUAGUAACAGCACCAGUAAAUGUUAUGCGUCAUCAUGCACUAUUUACUCUUUCUAAUUUUCUGUCGUGUUUUUCUUUUUUUUUUAUUGUUUCCUUCCCAGUGCCGACAAAGUUACGCUGCCGUUUGAAUCAUUCCUGUAGGCAGAUCAUGCUACGCAGAUUUCAUCCAGUGCUUCAGUGUGCCUGUCGCCUACAUAGACAAACUUGAGGAUCCGUAAAACGUCGUUCGUAGAAGCCUGGAAAAAUUCGUUGUUUGCUGACUUCAGUGCUCUUACUGUGAUUUCUGUCGCAUUUUGAAAACAACACCAUGGCAACCACGCUGAAUGUAGCAGUUGGUUCACGCUAGCGCACCGAGUUGACAGUGCCGUUCUUUGCUGUGGGAGUGUUUAGUUAUUAGAAAUCUAUAAAAGCCAUGCGCGCUGAUAAAGAGACUGAAUAAAUGCUCAAAGUUGUAUUUGAUAUGCCUGGGGUGGUGUGUUUGUGUUAUAAAGCCGUUGAAAAAUACCCAGGGUACCUCUUCAUUAAUUAAAUGCCCCAAAAGUUACCUCUUAGCAGAAAAGUAUAGCAUGUGAGAAAGAAAAGAGAAAGGGCGGAAAGGUCAACCAGAUGAGCAUCCGGUUUGCUACCCUACACUGGGGGUAAGGGAAAGGGGAAAUGGCAAGCGGAAAACACGGAGAGCGUGAGCACUGCGUGCGCGCAGUAGGACGCACAGCAGCGCCAGACAAUCGGUCACUGAGGCCGAUGUUCUUCAAGAACUGCAGUAGCACACGAAUAGCGUGAACACUUUGGAAACCGGAGUGCAUGAACUCUGACAGCUCACGCUUUUGCGCCUGCGCGGGAAGGCUCUGCUGCUGAAAACUGAGUGACCGACUUUGUUCGGUGGAUGCACCGGUGUAUGCCACUCAUGAGACCGUUGGCGUUUGUGCGUAAUGAUUUUCGGUGUGAGAAGAAAAAAACACUUAUUCUAUUAGUUUAGAACGAACCCGUCUGUUACUGUAGAGGUUAUAACUGGACAUUGCUUUUGGUGUUUCACGCGUCAUAUCUUACCUAGGCCAAAAUACAACUUAAUUUACCUUCAGGCAAACCAGGAUAAUUCUCAAAUUCGGAAAACUAUAGCGCGCAUGAGGAACGCAAUCACCUUCAAGACCAAGAGAAAAUACUAACGGCGCAUAUUACUCUGUAAGAAAAAUAGGAGUAAAUCAUGUCAAGAGAACAAUCAUAACAGAGUGUUUAAGCGCCUAUAGUGCGUUAAGAGAAUAAAGUACGUACCCAGUGAAAGAAUUGCCAGUAAAGUUCGUAGAAAGAAUAACGUAAGAAUGUUGCAUACAUCCAGAUCGUUACAGGCUUACUCGUAACUGUACAUUGCUGUAUACGUACGGAUCGUCACAAGCUAUACUUGGGGUACGCCGUAUACCUCCCAGCUAACUUUAGAUAAGAUGUUGACAGAAAAUAGAGACCUAAAAAAACGGUGCAAGAUACGAUUAUAAGAUUUACAGUGUUUGGUCGUCAGACUACUGACAACAGAACACCGUAAUUCUUGUAAUCGUAUGUUACAGCGCGAGUUCUUAAUAUUUUUUUUCUUUGAACAGCUUGGCUUAUGUUAGCUGGGACACACGGUAUACA